GCAUCACCCACGGAGGUUUACCGGCUCGUCCAGUUAUCUGUUUUUCUUUUAUAUUUUUUCGCUAAAAAUAUUAUUUUUGUACACACAAAAACUGAAAAAAAAAAAUAUUCCAACUUAUUAUAAUCCCGCCUAUAUCCGAGAACCCAAUUGGGGGAGUGGCUUAUCGGUAUUUUUGGCCUUUCCAGGGCACAUUUGGGAUUUCACAACAAAUUAAGGGUAAUUUUGUAAUUCGGAUUCUUACUGCUCUUCGUUUUAAGACUAGAGAAGCGGGAGAGACGUAGAUAAAAGCCAUCAAGAACAGAGAGGAAGGAGAAGAGCAAAUGAAAAUGGCGGAUUUGGAGAGAUAAGACGGAACUUGUUUUCUGUAUUUGAUUUGUUCAUUUUUUGAGAAGGGAAAAGGGAUUUUGAGAAGAAAUGACGACGGGAAUGGUGCAAGAUCAGAAUCUUGAGAAGCAGAUUGAGAAACAAAUGGGUUGCAUGGCUGGAUUCCUUCAUAUCUUUGAUCGUCAUCAGAUUUUGGCUGGAAAACGCCUCUACUCGGCUAAACGCCUCCCUCCGUCGGUAGGGAACUCAACGCCGCCGCCGGAGAAUGCCGUUCCGUUACCGGAGGAAUCGACGGAAUUGGAAAAAGUACAGCAAACUAGAACGACGCCUUCUCCAGACAGAGUGAAGCAUUUUACUCCGAUGACGGAGCUUCGAUCUCCGGUGCCGGAACCUGCGACGCCGGUGGAAACCAAGCCGAAACAGCCGCUUCCUCUUCCAAUUUUUGAAUACAAGGAAGGGAAUCGGUCUUUAUGGAAGUUUUCAAGAGAAGCUCCACGGCUUUCGUUGGAUAGCAGAGCUAUAGUUGAUGGGAAAGGAAGCAUUUAUCCAAGGGAGAUCCGUACUAACGCGUCGAUUCUUUCUGCAAAUCGUAGUGAAACCUCAACUGAAGAAGGUGAUGAACAGCGUCGGUCUCCGAGCGUCAUUGCUAGAUUAAUGGGGCUGGAACCGUUGCCUAACUCUGAACCAGAACCGAUAAAAAAGGCGGAGCUCCGAAGAUCGGUUUCCGAAUCCAGAGUUUCUAAAGAUUUCUAUCAGAACCGGUUCGUCGACGGCAACAAUUUCCGACUUAAACAAUCUCAACAUUCGAGCUUGCAGGACAAUAAUGGAAGCAGUGUACUGAUAAAGAAUGCAGCAAACAUGGACCACAGCUCAAAUGUCAAAGUGCUAGACAGAAACGACUUUGCUGCAAGAAGUACGAAGGCCGAGCCUGUUAGGUCACACAGAGGAUUGGGACCUCGCAAGAUUUUCUUCGAUUCCGCAGAAGUUUUUCCAGAGCCGAAGCAGCCUGCAUCAAUCUACGGAGAAAUAGAGAAGAGGUUGAAGAUGAGAGGAAUUGACGAACCUUCAAAAGAUUUAGAAACCUUAAAACAAAUCCUCGAAGCACUUCAACUCAAAGGCCUUCUUCAUUCCAAGAAGCCUCCAAGCCAGAGGAACCUUGUUUACGAUCGUAUUUCUUCUCAAGACGAAUCUCCGAUUGUGGUGAUGAGACCCGCUAGAUCACCAACUUCAGUCAAUCGUUUAGGAAGAAUCGGUAACGAUUCCCCGCCUUUGAGUUACAGAUCAAGGCAAGUCGGUCGCCGGAAUGUUAAUGUUGCCGGCGACACCAUGCCGUCUGUAACCUCGAGGCGUGAUCGUUUGGAGUUUGAUCGAAAUUUACGGAAUCAACCCAGAAAUAGAUUCUCGAGCUCUCCAACUAGAUGUGACAGUAACGUGAAAAGUCCGAGUAGAAGACGAUUGUUCGUAGAAACACAGAGAAGAGUUAACGAUCCUGUAGAUCAGAGAAGAGCUUCUCCGGUUCAAUCUUCGAAGAUGAAUUCAUCCAAAUUCGGAUCAGAUCCCCAAAUCUCAAACCGAUCCCCAAGAAACAGGAAAUCGAUAGGUUCUGUUCAUCAUCCAAAAGAACGGAAGAUUUACGUAUCUCAAGCAGAGGACGAAUCGUCCACAUUUUCAGAAAGCAGCAUUAGCAACUCUUCACAGACGGACACAGAGAGGUCCAACAAGAUCGAGGAGUACAAGGAGGGUCGCAGUCUCUUAGAGAGAUGUGAUAAACUUCUUCACAGUAUAGCAGAAAUCACAGCAACUGAGUUGCAACCGAGUCCUGUCUCGGUACUUGACUCGUCUUUUUACAAGGAGGAGUCGUCACCAUCGCCCGUACUAAAACGGCAAAUAGAUUUCAAAGAUCAAGUGGUUGAUGUGGAAGAAGAUGCGUGGUUUCAAGCUAUCUCAUCGGUGGAAUCGAGUUUGGCCGAUGGAUCCGACGACUGUGAUUUUGUCUAUGUUAUGGAUGUUCUCCGAGCCUCACGUUGCUUGCAAGAUGACGACUCCGACAUCUUUCAAUUGUUAGAGGAGCAACAGUAUCUGAAAGGGAAAGACAUCUCCAAGGUCUCAAGGCUUCAAAGGAGGCUAAUUUUCGACACGAUAAGUGAGAUUCUCGAUCGAAACAGGCAAUUGCCACCAUGGAAAUCCAACGCGCAGCCAGAAUCCAUGGCCGAGCCAACUUCAGUGCAGGAGAUUUGGUCCGAGUUUCAGCGAAUGAGGGACCGAGAAGACGACGCAUCAGAGGAUUUGUUCGAGGUUAUCUGCAGUGUCCUAAAAAAGGAUCUAACAAGGGACGCCCCUACUGGAUGGAGGGACUGGCCAGUUGAAACAUCCCAAGCAGUAUUAGACAUUGAGAGACUAAUAUUCAAAGACUUAAUCGGCGAAACGAUCCGAGAUCUUGCCGCCUUUACCGGAAAAUGCAACCUCAAUAAUGCCAUUAACAUGCCUAGAAGGAAGCUGGUGUUCUGAAAGGCAAAAGGCAAAGUUGGUAAUUCUUUUUUGUUAUCGGCGCCGAUGGUUUCCUUCCCUCAUUUAAUUAUUUUUAGGGAAAUGCUAAUGCUAAUCAUUAUCUGUUCAUGGGGGCAGAAAAAAAAAAUGAACAGGCAAAUCUAAGAAUAACCCCCUUUAUUUUAAUAUGAAAAUUUGAUCUGUAUAAAACAUGCAUUUACUCAUAAAAUAGUGAAGUGGGGAAGAGCACAAAAAGAAGAGAGGUGGGUGGGAGAUUGCUGUAGCAUUUCAUGUGAGGGAAAAAAAGUGUGAUAAUUAAAAAUUCCUCAUGGGAAAGGUAGAAAGUGACCUGAAAAGCAGGGACUGGAGUUUUAGCCUUAAAGCAAAGUUGAAUUCAUGUGCUUUUUGUCUCUAAUUUUGAGCACUUAAUCAUUCAAAAUCUCGAAGAAUUUGAAUAUAA